AUGCCUAAUGAGUUCAAUGAAGAAGAUCUUAUAAUUGGUCCAAUUACUGGGAUGCGGUUCAGUAGUAAGGAUGUUCUGUUUGAUUUUUACAAAGAACAUGCAAGAUUAUCGGGUUUUUGCAUUGUCAAAAGAACGUCCAACAAAAAAGGUGGUGAUAUUGUUAGGUAUGUGCAAUAUGGUUGUGAUAGGUCUAGGAAACCAAGGAAUAAGCAUGUUACCAAGAGGAAGAACUGUCGAGCUAGAAUAAAUGGAAUUUUGGAGGAGAAUGGUUCAUGGCGUGUUUCAAAGGUGGUAAAAAAACAUAAUCAUCAAUUGGAACCAGCACUAUCGCGAUUGAUGGCUGGACACAGAUCGCUUAGCAAGUCUCUUAAGAGAACUCUUGCAGCCAAAGAUAUUGCUGGCUUAAGACCCUCAAAAAAUAUAAGAGUUGCUGAAGUACUUGCUGGUGGCCCCGAAAAUCUGGGUUGUACACCAAAGGACUGUAGAAAUUAUAUCUUGAAGAGUAGAAAGCUUCAGUUGCAAGAAGGGGAUGCACAAUCAUUACUCAAGUUCUUCAGUGACAUGCAGCAAAAAGAUAGGGAAUUUUACUACUCCGUAGAUGUGGAUAGUUUUGGUCGACUUCGUAAUGUCGUAUGGGUUCAUUCACACUCUAAGGUUGCAUAUGAGGAGUUCCAUGAUGUAAUAUGCCUUGAUACCACAUACCUUGUGAAUCGAUACAAUAUGCCAUUUGCUUCAUUUGUUGGUGUCAAUCAGCAUAGGCAGUCCAUACUUUUGGGAUGUGCUCUUAUGUCUAGUGAGGAUAUAACAAGUUACAAAAUGUUUAUUCCAAAGAGAUUCUGUGGCUAUCUUCCUCCUAUUUCGGUUAAAACAAUGCUUCGAUGUAAUGGGAAGGAGUGGGCUGUGACUCUCAAAAGUGUUGUUCGUAGAAGACUCGUCAAUGGGUGGAAACAAUUUGUUGUCGACAAUAAUCUGAAGAAAGGGAAUGUCCUUCUCUUUGAACUAGUUGAGGCUACAUCAGGGGUUGUGAUCUUCUCUGUUGAAGAGCUAGGAUUAACUAAUGCUUAG